UCCCGUGAUUGGCAGAUAGCAGGUUGAUUGACAGGUCGGACCCCGCGAACACCGGGUACUGGUCAGUACAACACAACCACCUCCUAGCCUAACACAUAACACACAGCUGUCUGUGCGGGUCGCUACAAUAUCAUACUAAUUUGAGUGUCUCGGAUUUAUAUUUACUGUGUUACGUCUAGUCUGAGACCAGGCUGCAAAAAUCUAAAAAUGAUGGAUAGAGGAUUUUUCUCCCACAUUUUGACAGUGAGGAAAUAUAACACAUUUUCAAUGCAACCAUUCGCACUUGUUGAAAACCGAAUAAGGCCUCGAAAAGUCUCAACGGAAUCCUUGGUAUGUCCCAACUCUGACAUUACCAUGUUGAAAUUGAAAAGGGAUAGGUGUUUAAAGCUGCAAUAUUUAACUUUUUGUGCUACCCGACCAAAUUCACAUAUAAAUGUGAGUUAUAGAUCUAUCAUUUUCAUUGAACGCAAGAAGUGGUAGAUAUGUUCUAUGUGCACUAUUUCUAUGCUUCCCAUGCUUAAGUUUCCCUUUUGCAUAUUUUACUUUUGGUUUUGUACACCCAGCUUUAAACAGCUGUAAAUACAAUAUUUGUGGUUUUUGAAAAUACAUUUCACAGUGGAUUAGAUUAUAUAGUGAUUAUCUACACUAUUGCUUGUUUUGUCACAAACAAAAAUUAGACAAACUAUUUGAAGUUUAGUAACGUGGAAAUGGCAGAGCGAUUUCUGCAUACUGCACCUUUUAAGGUUAUGGACAGCCCAUGGAUAACCUCCCUUGUCAUCCCUACAGCCAAUGAUCUGUCGGACUCACUAAACACAAAUGCUUAGUUUGUAAAUUAUGUCUGAGUGUUGGCGUGUGCCCCUGGCUAUCCGUACAUUUUAAAAACAAUAACAUUGUGUCAUCUGGUUUUCUUAAUAUAAGGAAUUUAAAAUGAUUCAUACUUUUAGGGUACUUUUGAUACUUAAGUAUAUUUAAAACCAAAUACUUUUACUCUGUGACUUUCACUUGAGUCAUUUUCUGUUAAGGUAUCUUUACUUUUACUCAAGUAUGACAAUUGUGUACUUUUUCCACCAAUGCGGCUCCCGAGGCUAAAUCAGGGCUAAAUUAGUUUUGACAACCCCUGCAGAAGAUGGAUGUUUGAUCCAGACCAACCCAGACUUCUCGACUCCUUUGCAAGGGAUCCAGACAAACCCAGACUCCUUAACGGUGUUUCCACUAGUUACCACAGCAGAGUCAAAAUGGGCUAUAUCGUAAAAAAAUUAUGAAAACCAAAAGUCGUUUUUUGGUCUUUAUUUAAGGUUAGGGAUAGGCAUACGGAUAGCAGUGUGCUUAAGGUUAGGUUUAAAAUAUCAUUUUAAUAAACGGGAUUUAUGACUGUUGGAACCCCUUAGCAGGUGUACUGUCACGUGCCUUUGAACUCAUUUAGAAUUCUGCAGCAUCACCAUUGAACACAGACCAAUCGAAGCGGUCGCUGGAGUCCACAAAAUAUUAAACAUGAACAAAGCAAUAACUGCAGAACACGUAACAGAAUGGUUUACAUUGGGCACCCAAUUUGCUAACAUUAUUAUAUUAAUCACAGAUGAACCUCCAAAAAAAGUAAAUUCGGAGGAGUCAUCAAGACAGAGUAAACUGCAUGGACUGGCCCAGCCACGGAAUGAGAGGAGUGGGGGAGAUGACAGGGAGGACGACCCUGCAAAAGCUCCCCAACAGCAGGUCAGCCCAAAGAGUGAACAUGGGGGAAUGAGGAACAAGACAGGAAAGCCUGACUUUUCUGCAAGUGCGCCUCCACCCCCAUUGGCCAGUUAUGACUACCCCAGCUUGCCCAUCACAAAGAAUAGACAGGAGCUCAUCUCUCUGAUCGAGAACAACUCUGUGGUGAUCAUUCGUGGAGCCACAGGCAGUGGGAAGACUACCCAGCUGCCUCAGUUCAUCCUGGACUACUACAGCGAGAAGAAUGCCCCCUGUAACCUCGUGGUUACCCAGCCUCGCAAAAUAGGCGCCAGCAGCGUUGCCAGAGUACGCAAGUGCACCCUGGGUAGUCUGGUGGGAUACCAGGUGGGCCUAGAGAAGAUGGCCACUGAACACACCAGACUCAUCUACAUGACCACGGGGCUGCUGCAAAAACUGGUCGGUGCCAAGAGCCUGACUGAGUACUCCCACAUCUUCAUAGAUGAGGUCCAUGAGCGGACGGAGGAGUUGGACUUUCUCCUGUUGGUUGUGAGGAAGCUCCUCCAUUCCAACUCUCGUUACAUCAAGGUCAUCCUCAUGUCAGCCACCAUCAAUUGCAGGGAGUUUGCAGAGUACUUUGGCACGCCUAUCCGCAGCCAGAUGAACCCAGCCUAUGUGUUUGAGGUGGAGGGGGCUCCCUACGCCAUUGACAAGUUCUACCUGGAUGACCUCUGCAGCCUGAUUCCUCACAGGACUAACCUAACACUGUCUGUGGAUACCCACCAUCUAGAUGAACCUUACAUCACUGUGGAGAUGUACAAUGUGGCUGUCAGCCUUAUCCAGAGUUUUGAUGAGCUAGAGGCCAAAGAUCAGAGCAGCACUGAGCGGGAGGGACGCCUGUCUCUGCCAGACCGGGGCAGUGUGCUGGUGUUCCUUCCUGGUCUGGGUGAGAUCCACUACAUGCAAGAGGCCUUGUCGAAGCUGGUGCGCAAGAGACUGCAGGUGUACCCUCUCCACUCCUCUGUCACUCUGGAGGAGCAAAAUGGUGCGUUUCUGGUGCCUGUCCCAGUGUACAGGAAGAUCAUCCUCUCCACCAACAUUGCAGAGAGCUCUGUUACAGUCCCAGAUGUCAAAUAUGUGAUUGAUUUCUGUCUGGCGCGUCACAUGGUCUGUGACAAAGAGACCAGUUACCAGUCCCUCCGCCUCACCUGGGCCUCCAAGACCAACUGCAACCAGCGCAGAGGCAGGGCUGGGCGAGUGUCUAAGGGCUACUGUUACCGGCUGGUGACCAAGGAGUUCUGGAGCAAUGAGAUCCCAGACUAUGUGGUUCCUGAGUUUGUGCAUGCCCCCCUGGCCAACAUCAUGCUCAAGGUGAAGCUACUGGACAUGGGGGACCCCCGCUCCCUCCUCUCCACUGCCCUCUCACCCCCCAACCUCAACGACAUCGAGAGGACUGUGCUUCAGCUCAGAGUCAGUUAUAUGGGCGCACUGUCCCUGGGGAACAAUGGGCAGGGCCAGAAGCGUUUUGAUGGCGAGCUGACGUUCCUGGGUCGGAUGCUGGCUAACCUGCCUGUGGACCUGCACCUGGGGAAGAUGAUCGUACUCGGACACGUCUUUGGCUGUCUGGAGGAGUGCCUCAUCAUAGCUGCCUCCCUGUCUCUGAAGAGCUUCUUUGCCAUGCCCUCUCUACAACAGCUGGCAGGCUACAGGAGCAAGCUGUCCUUUGCACACGGUGUGCCGAGCGAUUCCAUUGCUUUUGUCAACGCAUUCAAGGCUUGGCACACGUCCAGAAACAAGGGAGAGUUGAGGCACCCAAAAGAUGAGCUGGAGUGGGGCAAGGAGAACUGCAUCCAGAUCAGAGAGGUGGCCGAGCUCUAUGAGGACCUGAAGAAGAGGACGUCCCAGUUCAACAUGCAUGUGAUUGAGAACCCAUUGCCCAUGGACUACUCCAGCCUCCACAAGCAGAGAUUCAUCUUGCAGGUGGUUAUCGCUGGUGCCUACUACCCCAACUACUUUGCCCAAGGGGAAAUGGAUGAAGAGCUGGCCUCCAAAGACCUGUCCGGCCAUGAUCCCAAAACAACAGUGCUUGUGAGGAACCUGCUCCCCUAUAGUUUCCUGUACUAUAAGCAGCUGCAGUCCCUGUUUUAUUUUUAUUUUACCUUUUAUUUUACUAGGCAAUGUGGCCAGGUAAAGUCCAUAGCCUUUGAUGGAUCCCGGGGGCAUGUGGAGUUCUACCGGAUGACUACCUGGGGGUCGGGGGUGCUCCCUGAGGUGUCACUGGCCCUCCUCCUGGCCCACCAGAGGCAUCCUCUGGACCUGUUUGUGCACCCCAGUGACGAAGUGGAGUCCCACGCUGGGAGCAGGACCGUCUGCCACAUGAGAUACGCUCGUGUGAAUGUGGACUUCCAGGACAACUCGGUCUACCCAGUGGGGGUGCUGAGCAGUACCAUCGACCCAGACGAGCUGCCUUCCAACCCCGUCUUCGUGGUCAACAUUACAGAAGUGGUGGAGGUGGGCCACUUCUGGGGCUUCCAGGCUGGCGAGGCUAGCAUGGAGAAGCGGCGCUAUCUGACAGCUGAGAUUAAUUCUCGUGAGCUGUGUCCAGUUCCUGUCUCCCUCUACCCCAACCUACUGUGCCUGGCACCUUUCUCUGAGGGCGACGAGCAGGGCCUCUACUACUGUGCCAAGAUCCUGCACGUCCGCGGCAGCUCUGUGGAGGUGUUCUUUUUGGACUACGGAAACACCACCCUGGUGUCAUGCAGCUGUCUGAGGGAGCUACCUGCUGAUAUCAUGGCCCACCCAUUGCAGGCCCAGGAGUUUCGUAUCUCGGGGAUGCAUCCAUGAGCCCAGUCCAUGAUCCUGGGGGACCAGUGGAGCAGCCGCGCCCGCAACCGCUUCAUAACACUGGUGAACGGCCUCUCACUCAUUGUCUCCCUGUUCUCUAUCCUGCACGGCGUCAUGCACGUGGAGCUGCUCAUCAACACCGACACGGUCACCUCUAGUGUGGCUGAUAUCAUGAUACAGGAGGGACACGCCAUUAAGACCGAAGAGAGCUUUGAGCCCAAGCAGAGCCACGAGGUGCUGAUGUCUCUGUAUAAAGACUUGCAGGAUGGAACCUUCACCCCAAACGCUACCAGCAGCUCCUGGAAGACCAACAAGGAGAAAGAGAAGCAGCUCAUCGACAGCCUGCUCCAGUCCUUCUCAAAGACCAGCCGGUCCUUUCUGAAGAGCAAGGUUCCUGUGCAUGGCCCAUCCAGCCCUCACAAAGUCUACUUCCACAGCUUUUGCAAUGUCAGCCACUACAGGUCGGUGCGCAUAGAAAAGGACAGCAUCAACUUAGUGGUGUUGAAUGACAGUCCUCAGGACAGCCAUCAGAGGAUGCUGGUGGCCGGAGGAGUGUCUGUCAGUGCCACGGUCCCUGAUUCGAGGAGGGGGGGCGCAUGCAUUCUACUGAAGGAGUCUACGCUGAUGCCUCACAUCCACGGCCUGCCUGUUCUCAUCACCAUGCUCUUCAGCCCUGUCAUAGAGCUACGCACCAACGAGGAGAGGACCAGCUACACUGGUGCCCUCUGUGGUCUGGGGUGGAACGUCCAUUCUCAGGAGGCUGUCCUGCCUGAACAUGACACAGAGCUCGCCUUUGAUGUCAAAUUCGAUGUGAAGGACAUCACAGAGAUCAAUGCUUUGCGUGGUGCCAUCAACCGUCUGGUGUGUGAGGGGCCCAACGGUCCUCUGUACCUGGGGCCUGACAGGAUCAACAGCCUGCAGGAGGACUGCCGCGAACGCCUCGUCAGGUUAUUUACUAAGUCACCCCCUCGGGAAGACCUUGUUCCUGUGUACUAUGAGGAACCAAAUAAAUGGAACCAGGUGGAUCCCAGUCAGAAGAUGGAGAUUGUCCAGAAGGAAGAUGGAAAGAACAAAGGGGUCCUGUUCCAGCUACACCCCGUCACACUGCUCAACAUGUGAGGCCAUUCUAAAGCAGCAACCAGAAGCACAGCAUGCUGCUGUUUUCACCUUGACUCCCCUUAUUUAUGUUUUACAAGAUUUUCUUCUUCUGGAACCCUCAGGGAGGACAUUCUCGUUUGAUAAUUGGUAUAUAUUUGGGUCAUUUUGCACAUGGUCCUGCCAUGCUUCUCAUGUCCUGGGUUUUUCUUUUUAUUCAGCUUUGCUAUUGCUGUGUUCGGUGUUUGGAAAGUAUAACUACACUAUAAUUUUGGGAUAUAAAUCAUUGAUAUUCAAGGAAUGGAACUCCUUUUCUUUUGUAUAAAUGAAUCUGACUUAGUCACGGUAUGGUGCUAGCUUUAGUUCAGUGACCUGACAGCCAAGUUAAAUUUGUAAUCUCAGCAUACUGACAUGCAAGCACACACGUAACAGGAAAGGGCCUUCUGUGCCAGAAGGUAUCUCUCUUUGUUCAUAGAAAGUUAUUUCAAGUCACUUUGGAUAUUUAUCUAGUGUUGUAUGCACUCUGUACCAUUACGAAACAUAACAUCUCGUAUGUCCUAAUAUUUCUAACUCAAGACGAGACUGCCCUUGUCAAAACAUUUUGUCUUGGACCCUAUUUUCAGUAAUGCAUCUGAAAAAUGACAACAUUAUACAUCAAGGAACAUUUAUUUGUCUUAUUCUGUAAUUAAAUACAUACUGUAAGUGCAAAUAGUUAGACAGGGUCUAAGAACUACAUUGAGUAUAGGUGAACAUUGUACAAAGUUGGACAGUUAAUUCAAACAAGCUAAAUAUCAUCAGAUAAUCCUUGUCUUCAUAGUAGUUGAACAACAGUACCUAAAACAUGAUAUUGUGUGUAGUUACAUAGUUAUGCAAAAAACUACAAUUACAUCAAAUUAUUUUGUGCUUGAAAACACAAAAGAAAUCAUUUUGAAA